CAGAGCCCCGUGGGGAGCCGAGGGCGACUCCUGUCCCGGCCAGCAGGGCCCCGGGUCCCUGGGGGAGCUGGGGGGGGAGUGUCCCUGGGUCACAGCUCCAGGUGGCGUUUGAGGACGUCGCUCUGUAUUUCACCCGGGAGGAGUGGGAGCUCCUAUCCCAGCCAGAGAAGCAGCUGUACCGGGACCAGAUGCUGAGGAAUUACCAGGCCCUUGUUUCCUUGGGCUAUUCAGAUUCCACACCAGACUUAAUCCACCGGAUCGAGCUAGGGGAGGCAGAGCUCUGGAUCUGGGAUGCUGAGGACUCCGGGGAAAGCUCAGGGCCUGAGAGCCCCUCCUCAGCAGGGCUCGGGAUCCUGGGGGGAAUGCGGACACAGUCUGAGUGUGGGGAGAGCACGGCAGGAAAGCAGGAUCCAACAGCCCACAGAGGGAUCCAUGCACAAGACUCAGUCCAUCACUGGGGUAAACUCAGCCAGAGACCAGACCUGGCUACACACCAGAGACUCCCCAUGUGUCCACAUCACUGCAUUGUCUGCGGCAAGAGGUUCAGCAGCCCCUCUGCACUGACCCAGCACCAGCGCACCCACACCGGGGAGCGGCCGUAUCAGUGCACCAACUGUGGCAAGGGCUUUGCACAGAACUCAACCCUGAGAAUACAUCAGCUCACGCACACCGGAGAGCGGCCACACCACUGCACCGACUGCGGCAAGGGCUUUACACAAAUCGGACACCUGAGAAUACACGAGCGCACACACACUGGGGAGCGGCCGUAUCAGUGCACCAACUGUGGCAAGAGCUUUGCACACAACUCAACCCUGAGAAUACACCAGCGCAUGCACACUGGGGAGCAGCCACAUUGCUGCACAGACUGUGGCAAGGGCUUUGCACAGAUCGGACACCUGAGAAUACACCAGCGCACACACACUGGGGAGCGGCCGUACAGCUGUGAUGAGUGUGACAAAAGUUUCAUCAGUGCCACUGUGCUGACCAAACACAAGCGCACACAUACAGGGGAGCAGCCACACCAUUGUGCUGACUGUGGCAAGGGCUUUGCACAGAACUCAAGCCUGAGAAUACACCAGCGCACGCACACCGGGGAGCAGCCACACCACUGUACCGACUGCGGCAAGGGCUUUGCACAGAUCGGACACUUGAGAAUACACAAGCGCACGCACACUGGGGAGCGGCCGUAUCAGUGCACCAACUGUGGCAAGAGCUUUGCACAGAACUCAACCCUGAGAAUACACCAGCGCACGCACACCGGGGAGCAGCCACACCACUGUACUGACUGUGGCAAGGGCUUUGCACAGAUCGGACACCUGAGAAUACACGAGCGCACACACACUGGGGAGCGGCCGUAUCAGUGCACCAACUGUGGCAAGAGCUUUGCACACAACUCAACCCUGAGAAUACACCAGCGCACGCACACUGGGGAGCGGCCGUACAGCUGUGAUGAGUGUGGCAAGAGUUUCAUCAGUGCCACUGUGCUGACCAAACACAAGCGCACACAUACAAGGGAGCGGCCGCACCAUUGUGCUGACUGCGGGAAGGGCUUUGCACAGAUCUCACAGCUGAGAAUGCACCAGCGCGCACACAUGGGGGACUGGCCAUACAGCUGUGCUGACUGCAGCAGGGGCUUUGAGUAUAUCUCAAGCCUGAGAGCACACCAGCGCGCACACACCAGGGAGCGGCCAUACAGCUGUCCCAAUUGUGGCAAGAGCUUCAGCAGCGCCCAAGCAGUGACCAAACAUCAGACUGUGCACACUGGGGAGCGGCCAUUCCAAUGCACUGUCUACGGCAAAAGCUUUGCACAGAGCUCGCACCUAAAAAUACACCAACACAUUCAUACCGGGGAGCAGCCGUACAGCUGUGCUGAUUGUGGCAAAUGAUUUUCUCAGUUGGGCAACCUCACCCGGCACCAGGUCACUCACACCAACACCCUUGUGUCACUGCCAGGGCCUGAGGGGCUUGUGGCAGCCGAUGGGCCUGGCACAGCGCCAGCAGAUGCAGACCAGGGAGUGGUCCUCUCCCUAUGAUGCCCAGCAGAGAGACUGUGGGGCAGGGAAGAGGACUUUGCAGAGCAGUGUGGGGAAGAGCAGACAGGUGGGGAGAUUUUAGAGCAGAUGGUCACAGCCUACUCCAUUAGGGACCCCCUGCCUCUAGCUGGGAUCCACCUAGGAUAUCCCCUCCCCUCAUCUAGCUGGGAUCCAGCCAAGUCUCUCUCUUUCUGUCCCCCUCCUUCCCUCCUGCCCCCCCCCCCCCCCCAUCUAGGUAGGAUGCAGCCAAGACACAUACCCCACUUCCUUGUCUAGAUGGGACCCAGCCAGGAUCUUUCCACCACACCUACCCUGGUUCCAGCUGUGGGUGACUCCUGGGUGACAUCUAGAGGUGGGAUUUGCAGUCCUCUCUCAGCAUGGAUUGGGCUGAGGGGCGGGGCAGGACAGCCCAGUGUGUGUGAUUGAAAGAAGACUCAGGAACUGCUCAUGCUGUCUACUUUAAACAGAAAUGCGAUGAAGAACUAUGUACCUAAUGUGUAACAAAGGUCUGUCUAACCAGGUGUUUCUUUGCUAUUAAACAAGCUGAUGCUUUUCAGAUGUCAUGGGGAAAAGCCUGUGUGACGUGUAAAGCUUUAAGAUGAACCAACCAAAAUGUUCUAAGGCCUAACUGAACACGAGGCCUCAUGAACCAUGUGACUGGCAGGUGCAGAAAGAGAGUUUCCCAUUUUAUGCCAAAAAAACAAAAUUUUGCACACCAUAUUUUAAAAUUCUGCAUAUUUUAUUUGUCAAAAUAAUACCAUAUAAUUAUGCUAAUUUCAAUUAUUUUGGUAAUUUAUUUCAAAAUACCUGUUGGCAACUGUCUAUAACAGUACAAACAACUAAAAAAGAUUCAGGGAGUGAUUUUUCACAAAUAGAUUCCUUACUAGACCUAUUAA